AAUAGACGUCAGUGAUUGGUUGAAAUGACAGAAAUACGACAACUUUAACAUGAAAUAAGUUGCGAUGUACAAAAUUUUGUUAAGAAGGUUAAGAGAAGAAGUUGUUUUAUAUGAAACAUUCACAUUCUAUCAGUGUCCCAAGUUUGAAAGUGUUUCGUUAAGAAAACAAAUGAGAGCAUUUUUCACAAUCUACAUUAUGUUUGAUGUGAAACAGCUUCCUCGACUGUGGAACUAUUGGAGUCCCGAUGUAAGGUAUGGCGAUCCAUAUAUUUCGAGUAUAAUGUCCAAGACUAGGUAUUCGAAAAUAUCUCAGUAUUUGCAUUUGACUGAUUCUGCUAAUGCCCCCAGCAAAAACGACCCAAACUACGAUCCCCUGUACAAAGUACGUCCUAUAAUCGAUUUACUUGUUAAUAAUUAUAGAACUGUGUAUCUACCUGGGAAAAAUCUCAGUGUAGAUGAAGCCAUGAUAGGCUAUAAGGGCAGAGUACAUUUUCGGCAGUACAUGCCUGCCAAACCUACUAAAUGGGGGAUCAAGGUAUGGGAAGUUGGUGAAUCGGAGACAGAAUACUGUGUAAACUUCGAUGUUUACACAGGUAAAAAAUAUAAUGGAAACAGACCGCAUGGAUUGGGACAUGAUGUAGUGUGGUCCCUUACUGAACCAUUUCACCAUCAGCACCGACACAUCUAUUUCGACCUUCUUUUUUCGUCAGUGACUUUGGCGGAAAAUCUUGCACGUGUAAGUACUUACAUGUGUAGUACUGUUAUGGGAAACCGUAAAGGUUUACCCUGUGAAAUGAAAACAAAAUUAAAAAAUAGAGGGGACAUUUUACAGAUGCGUAAAGAAAAUGUUUUAAUUUACUUUGCUGCUAGACCCAGUAUCAUGUGA